GCGACCGGUGACGUCAUCUUAAAAGGGGCGUAUUCUUUGUCGGCGUGCUUCAGGAAAAUGGCGGCGCCCUUGUCGCAGGAGUUGGAGAGUUUGCUGAACCCCCAACCGCGAUUUUGGGACCCCGAAGAUGAUGGGGACGAAGCCACCGCAGCAAAAGUUAUUGAAAAAUUUGAUGAAGGGGUAAUUGAAGAUGAUGACGGCGCUAUUAUACUGAAGAACCUCAAGAAACGCACAGUAACCUUCCUUUCUGAUGCAGAUAAAAGGUAUCAAGGAAAGACGACAUCUCGGAAAGAUUUGAAAGCAGAAUUAGGGGAGCAGUCUUUCUCUGAAGAAUCCGAUGAUGCAUUGGACAGCAGUCUUGAACUGAGGAGUGGUGAUGAAGACAAAGAAACAGAUGCUGAAGAAAAUGAGUCUGAGGAGGGGGAGGAUGAUGAUGACGACAGUGUCGAUGAUGAUGAAAUUGCUGAGCAGGACAGCAAUGAAGAUGAAGUUUCAACUCGGCAUGAUAGGGAGGAAUCAGAUUUGCAAGAUGAAAUGCAGACAUUCUCCAAAGAAAAGGUUUCCUCAGAUGUUGCUAAGGGUCAAGGCAUUAAGAAUCAGACCACCAUUUGGGACCAGCUUCUGGAAGGACGAAUAAAAAUUCAGAAAGCACUUCUUUCAGCUAAUCAACUUCCACAACAUGAUACGCUUGCAUUGUUCAAAGAGAGAGGGGGGCCUGAGCUGGUAACCCCGCUAAUGAAUAGUUAUAAAGCAUUGAAGGAGUUGAUGAGAUCUUUGGUCCAGUUGCAAGAUGAGCUGCUUUUCCAGUUUCCAGAAACCCGCUACCUAAUAGAUGGAAAAAAGUGCAAUGCAGACAGUGAUGAGGAAAUCCCCAGCGAUGAGGAAGAAAUGGAAAAAAGCGAUUCGGAAACCCUAAAGAAUAAAGGUGCUCCCAAACGGAAGCUAAAUAUUAGUGAAUAUCCUGAGUUUAUGGCAAAACGAUUUGCAGACUUUAGAUCCUACAGAAACACCACCUUACAGAAGUGGCACGACAAGACAAAACUUUCUGGUAAAAUAAGCAAGGGUCUCGGUAGUGGUUCAGAUCGAUCCAUAAUGCUGCAAAUAGAGCAGAUCAUGAUGGACAAAGAAAGAUUAUUGAGGCGCACACAGACAAAACGUUCACUUUAUAGGAUAUUCGGAAAACCUGAGCCAGAUUCCCCUUUGCCAGAGCAUGUUCCUGAUGAAGCAAUGAACAUCCAGGUAGAGGGAAAAUCUAAUGCUCAGGUUAAAGAAUUCGAUGAAGAAAUUUUUGAUGAUGAUGAUUUCUACCACCAGUUGCUGCGAGAGCUGAUAGAACGCAAGACAAGUUCUGUGGACCCCAAUGACCAAGUAGCCAUGGGCAGACAGUGGCUUGCAAUUCAGAAGCUUAGGAGCAAAAUAAAGAAGAAAGUAGAUACCAAAGCUAGCAAAGGGAGAAAAGUGAGGUAUCAUGUACAUAGCAAACUGGUAAGCUUCAUGGCUCCCAUUGGUCACAGCACAAUGAAUGAUGAGGCCAGAACUGAACUCUAUCAGUCAUUAUUUGGAAGAAUGAAACACCUAGAAGAUGAAAAGACUUUGUAACUACAAUUGGAGUCAUCGUGCCAUAUUUCAUUUUUGGGGACCCUGCACAGAGUCUUGACGGAAUCACCCUAUGCAGUUUUAUAGUCUGCAAAUUAAAAAACUUGGAAAGAAAAAAUUCUUUGUUUUAUAAGGAACCCAUUUCAUCCUUGGGUAUUUUUUGUGAAAAAUGGUGCUUCUUGCUCUUUUAUAUGAAAUUAAGAUAUUAAAAACAUUUUAUGAUGUAAUUAGUGUACUAACAGUAAACCUGGAGCGUGACAACUUUACAUGCAUAAAUUAUCAUUUUACUAUUGAACCUGCAACAAUUUUUAUAUUGGUGUAUCUAAGGUCAAAAUAUAAAAUCCCAUAUUUACACA